AUGCAUAAAGUCCUCGUACCAAAUCACUCUGGGGUCCAUCGAUUUGCUUGUCUGGCACUUUAUCGGGCCCUUCUCCGACAAUGCUCCCCGUCGAGCAGCGUUCCAGCUGCGUUACAACAGAGUGAGGGCAAGACACUUCUCAGACAACGGUUUCGGAAAUACAAGAAGCUACAAAGCCCAUCACAGAUCGCAAAUGCUUUAAAGGCAGGCUAUGAGGCGCUAGAUUUACUCGACCGCGCGCGCAAGGGAGGUCAACAUGAGGCUGAGAAAUUCAACUCAAUCGUCGCCCGGGCGAAGAUGUUGAAGGAGCAACAGGCCGCCUAUCAAAGAGAAAUCAGGGAGCUGCACCCCUCGGACCCAGUGUCGCCGAAGCAAAUACGAAAGGAGGCAACCCGGCGAUUUGAGGAAGCGACGUCGCGCAAGCACCCGGAUAGCCCGGGAAUACUUGAACGACCACGCCCCACGGUCAGCGGACAAAGAAGAAUACCGGUCCUCGUCAAUGCCCGUGGAGUUCCUUUCUUGCGCAUUAAGAAGCCACAGCCCAAGAAUCUCAGUGGCGUUAUACGAAGCAAGCUAGAGAGGCGCUGGAAUCGCAUCGUGACCCGGGACAGGCUUGCUGUGGAACUCCUAUUCGCGAAAGAUGAGGAUCAAUGGGACAAGCUCACUGAAACAGCACAGCGACCAAGCUGGGCUGAGGGCGUCAAACGGGCUCUAGACGAUGUCUACGAAAAGAUCCGAAAAUCAGACAAGCAGAAUCGCGAGCUCUCGGAAAAGAUGUGGAAGAUUGUGCUCGAAGAGAGAGCUUUGGUCGGGAAAGAAAGCCCGGACUUGGAUUGUCGUGAUUGA